UUCACUUAGGCAUUAGUCGUUAUCAAACAAACAAAAUAUUCAAAUAAAAUGUCCAAACUCAUCGUACUGUGUCUUUUUGCUCUGGGCAUCAGUGGCAGUCUGAUAGCCGUUGAUGCGGCAAGUAAUCGUGAUUGAUCAAAACCUAAUCAAGCAUGGACAAGUUGUGGUUCUGCUUGUCCACCAAGCUGCGUGCUUUUCGAUGAUUUCGUUUUAUUUUCUGUUUGCAGCAACGCGUGAUUGGAUGUCAAUGUAAGUGGGGAUACUUACUAAACAAUGAAGAAAAUUGCGUAAAGCCAGAGCACUGUUAAUUCCAAUACUCAAUAAUCAUCAAUGAUUUAAUGCUUUAUAAUUUUUACCUAGACAGAGAUCAAUAAAAACGAAAAAAAAAUUUUUUAAAUUACAGAUAUUCUUUCUGUAUCUACAUAAUUACGAGUCGGCAACUAAUACACUAGCUUGAAAGAACAACGCACAAUGUUCAAAAUAUAUUGGCAAACGCUUGGAACGAUUUAUAUUUAUACGAAAAAUAAUUGCUCGUUGAAGAAAAAACGAUAUCUUCACGCAGCAAAGUGAAUUUUUCUGCGUCGUGUAGAAAAACAAGCUUUAAGACAAAGGAAGAAAAGUAUCGAAGGAAUACUUAGUGAACAGAUUAAAAAAACAACAGCGCUAUCUUUACGAUUGUCAGUCUCUUGCAAAGAAUAUUUAAAGCAAAAUGUCCAAGCUCGUCGUAUUAUGUCUCCUCGUUCUGUGCAUCAGCGCCAGUCUGAUUGACGUUGAUGCUGAAAGUCAUCAUUAUUGCCCUAAGCCUAAUCAAGAAUGGACAACUUGCGGUUCUGCUUGCCCACCAAUAUGCGAUGAUAAAGAACCAAAAAUGUGCACACUGCAAUGCGUAAUUGGAUGUCAAUGUAAGCGGGGAUACCUCCUGAACAGUGACGGCAAAUGUGUAAAGCCAGAGGACUGUUAAUUCCAACUCAAUUAUCAUGAACGGCUUAAUACUUCAUAAUGUUUACCUAUAGUCAGAGGUCAAUAAAAUAGAAGAAUAAAAAAAAAUUUGUUGCAGUGAAUCAAA